AUGCCAUCGCCCGACGAAAGUGUCCAUCCUACCGCUACUGGUCUCGCCAAAGAGACUGUAGACAGACAUCAGAAAGAUGAAGAUCUAGUAUUAUGGAGCGGGUGGUUCUGCCCUUUCAACCAGAGAAUUUGGAUGGCCCUUGAGGAACGUAAGAUUGCAUACCAAUACCAUGAGGUCAACCCCUACAAGAAGGAGAAACAUUUCCUCAAUUUGAACCCUUUAGGAUUGGUACCUACGCUCGAGAUAAAAUCAACCGAUGGGCAAAGUAAGGCUCUUUACGAGUCCGAUGUAUUGGUCGAAUACCUCGAAGAUCUUUAUCCUGAAAGUAACGAGCACCCCUCAAUCUUCCCUAAAGAUACUUACGAGAAGAGUUGGGUCAGACUCAACGUCCAACAUAUCACAAAGAAAAUCAUCCCGGCAUAUUUCAAGCUACAGCAAUUUCAAGAUCCUUCCGAUCAAGAUUUAGCUCGAGAAGAGCUCUACAAAGGUCUACAAACAUUGACAGAAAGGGUCAAAGGACCUUAUUUCGCUGGGGAGCAAUUUACUGCUGUGGAUCUAUCGAUAGCACCGUUCGUAAGGAGAUUCUACAAUCUGGUCGAAUUCCGAGGAUUGGACGAAAGUAACGUUGGAGAUAAGUGGUUAAGUUAUAGGGAAAAAUUGAUGAAUCGAGAUUCACUCAAAAAUACCAGUUCCGAGGAUAAGUAUUAUACUGAGAUCUUAGAGAGAUAUCUCAAGAACGAAGCCCAAUCAGAAGUGGCCAAAGCUACCAGAGGCGGUCAAAGUCUACCCUGA